AUGUCUGUUCCGAGUAAAUCUAUUGAUAAAAAUAAACGUUUUGCUGGUGUUAAAGCAAAUGAUUUUGUAAACAAAACACGAACGAACGAAACGAGUCGAGCAGCUGCUCGUACUCAAGGAUGGACUAAUCUCGGAAAAAUUAGUAGUCGACGAAUACCACCACCGGCAAAUUUACCUAGUUUAAAAAGUGAAACAGGUGUUAAUCCAGCAUCAUUUGAUCCAACAAUACCUACUGGUACUAGUCAUGGAUGGACAGCUAGUGGAAAUCAAACACCUACAAAUCUCGCUAAUAAUCAAACGCGUCCAUUAACACCAUCUAAACAACCAACACAACAACAACUUGAUUCAUUACCUGCUCAUACAAUAACAUCAGCACCAUCACAACAACAAACAUCUUCUUCACUAUCAUCUGAUAAUGAUAAACCUCGUUUACCAGCAACAUGGAGUACAGUUACAGCUGGUCAUACGAAUGAUCAACCACCAAAUUUACUUGGUCUAAAUGAUUUUCCACGUUUAGCUACACAAGAUAAUAAAAAUGUUAAAUCACCAUCCGAUUCAUUGAUUGGUUCAAUAUCAUCAACAACAUCACAAGGACCAAGUUUUCGACCAGCUAAUUUAGCAUCUUGGAAAGAAGGUGGUGGUCGUGCUCAACCAUUAUCAAAUGAUUUAACUAAAGAUUCAAACGAUAAUAAUAAUAACAAUAAUAAUAAUCUAUCUAAUUUAUCUAUGCAGUCACAAUUAUUAUCAACAAAUACAAAUACGAAUACGAAUUUAGUUCAAUCACAAAUGCAAAAUACAAAUAAUCCAUCAUAUAUGCGAAUGUAUCAACAACAACAGCAACAGCAGCAGCAACAACAACAACAACAACCACAAAUGUGGUCAUAUAAUGUGGGUAAUUCUUAUGGGUCGUAUGGAACAAAUCAGGCACCUGGACCAAUACCUAUUCAUCAGUUACAUCAUCAACAACAACGUGUAUCAUCAUAUGGUAAUAAUAAUCAACAACAACGUAUGAAUAAUUCAUCAGAUUAUAAAACACCAACAAUUUUACGAAAUAAAGAUAUCGAUGAUCUAUCAAAAUUAACCGAUAAUGUCACAUGGGCAAGUGCAUCUCAGGAAGUUAAUUAUGAAGAGAAGAUUCGAUUUAGUGAUGAUGAAGAUAAUGAUAUUAAUGAUAAUAAUAAUAAUAAUAAAUCUCGUAGAUUUAGUAAUUCUCAACAACAAUCAAGACAACCAUAUCCUCAAGUUUUACAAAAUAAUAAUCGUUCAUCACAUUCAAAUUACUCUCAACAACAGCAACAACAAACAUCAGGUUCACGUUCACGUUUAUUACAGGAUGAUGAACAUGUUAAACAAAUGCAAGAUGAUAAAAAUUCUGAAUUAAUUAAUACAUUAACUGUUGCUAAACAACGACGUGAUGAACAAGAACGUAAUCUACGUGAUACAUUACCACAUCGUUCAGCAACAUCAACAUCUACUAAUAUUCAAAAAACACAUGAUGAUCAAAAACAAAUACCUGGUUAUCAAACACGACCAUUAAUUACAUCAACUGGUCAAGAUAAUUUACCUUCAUCACAAAUCGAUUCAACAUCAUCAUUAUGGGGACAAUCAAAUAGUGGAACAUCAGGAGUGACAGCAACAUCUCGUACACGUCAUGAUACAACAGAUAGUCAAGCAUUUGCAAUGAAAAGUUGGUCGGAUCAAAUGGAUUCUUUCAAUUAUGCGUCAUUACAUGAAAAAUCCGGUGUAGAUACUGAUGAUCAUAAUGAUGAUACAACAAUUGCAGCUUCUAGUGGACCAUCUGUAUCACAUAAAUAUAGUCGAUCUCAUAGUGAAUCAAGUACUCAAUCUCAGACUGAUACACGGACAACAGCAAAUCGAUCAAAACACUUUCCAGUAGUAAAUCGUAGACAACCAAAACCGAGCAUUAAUUUAUCAAAAACAUCAGCAAAUAAUUCACGUUUUAAAACAAAACCUGCUGAUGUUAUUGAUUAUUUUGAAAAUAAUGAACAACAAAUUAAAUCUAAUGAUCAAUGGGCUGAUAUUGAAGAAUCAAAUUAUACAUCAAAUAAUCGUUAUCAGCAACAUUAUUCUACUGAUCGACGUCGUCAUCCACAACAACAGCAACAACAACAACAACAACACCAAUCUACAGAUGAUCUAUCACAAAAAUCUAAUCGUUAUAAUGAACAAACAAAUGAUUAUAAUCGAACUAAACAAACAUCAAAAAUACGAUCAAAUGUAACUCGUCCAUCAGAUGUACCAGUAUCAUCAUCAUCGUCAUCAACAACAACAAAACAAGAAAAUAAAACUGUAACUAAAACUCAAGCACCAUGGCGUGCAUUAUCACCUACAAGACCGAUUGAUGUAAAUGAUCCAACACCACAAGAAGCAAUUUCAUAUAAAACACAAACAAAAACAAAUGAUACUAAUGAUCGUCGUCAAUCAGCACCAGCUGAACGUAAAACACGAUAUACAGCAACACCAACACCAAUCAAUACUUCAUCAAUUCCACCAUUAAUGAGUGUACGAUCUGAUGUACCGCCAGUACCAGUUUCACAAACAAAUUCUUCAGCAACAUCAAAACAUUAUAAAACAUCCAAUCAAUCUCAAAGACAAGAUUAUAAUAAUUCACAACAUUAUUCUCAACGCAAUGAUUUUUAUAAUGAAACAAAUGAUUCAGCUUGGGGUAAUGAUGAUGAUUAUUAUGAAGAUGAAACAGGUUAUUAUGAUCAAAAUAUGCAAACACAUCAACGUCAUCAACAACAGUCAAUGGGUUAUCAUUCGCAUCCACAUCAUCGUGGUUAUACAACUUUAGGUUCGUAUGGACGUUAUCGACGUGGUGGAACACUUCGUCAUCAACAACAAUAUACUCCUUAUACGACUACUAAUACAUCAAAUACAGCAUCAUCACAACUUAAUACAAGUACAGGAUCAAAAACUAAAAAAACUCUAGUAAAUCGAAUGACACCAGCAGCAACAACAACAACUACGAAUAAUAAAAAAACAAAUGAAUCAUCUGAACAGAUAUUAACAACUGUGGAACCUUCAAAAGUUGUUCCUGAUGAAAUAAUAAAGAAACCAUCGCCAUGGGCAAUUGAAGCAAAACCAUCGAUUGUAGAAGAAAUACCAAUAAUUAAAACAAUUGAAACUCCUUCAAUUCCAAUAGCACCAGUUAUUAUUGAAAAAUCGAAUGAUAUAAUAAGUUCAAUAACUGAUCUAACUAAAAAUGAUAAUGAUUCCACUUUUGUUGAACAAUCAGAAUUAGAUUCAACAAUAACAAAUAAAAAACCUACAACUAAUAAUACUCAACGAAAAACAACAAAAGAUCAACAAAACUAUUAUCAAGAUCAACGUUAUCAAAAUCAACAAGCACCGCGUCAUAGAAAUAAUUAUGCACGUGAAAUGCAAGAAUAUGAAUCAAUGCAAAUGAAUACUCAUAAUUAUUAUGGUACCAAUCGUCGAACAACACGAGGUGGUCGUAAUGCACGCAUGCAAGAUUUAUCCGGUGGUUAUUAUUACGAACAUCCUCAACAACGUUAUAAUAGCCGAUAUAAUUAUUCGAAUGAGCAUUAUCAACAACAUCCAACACGUACAUCAAAUAAAACUACAAAACGUGGUGGUUCAUCAUCAAUAACUGAUCGUCAACAGAGUAAACAAAAAACGAAUAGUGGAAGUAAUAGUACUUCUAUUAAUAUUGGUCAUCAAUCUGUAAGUGAUAAUGAACAGAAAGAAGGUGAAGAAUGGGAAACAGCAUCAGAAUCAAGUGCUAAUAUGCGUAAUAGUCAUCAUGAUAAUAACCAACCAACAGUUAAAUCAAUAUCAAAUGAAACAAAACCAACUACUCGUGAUCGAACACCCCCAAAAAAGAGUUUUUCCAGUCAAAGACCGUUAAGUGCUCGUUAUAAUGAAAGUGGUGCUCAUCGUCGUGCUUAUAAUUUAUAUGAACGUGGAAAUAAAACAUCUCGAGGUAUUACUACUCAUCGUACAAGUCGUUUAUCAACAAAUCAAAAACAAAGUUCACCACAAAAAAAUGAUGGAGAAAAUUUAACUACAAGACAAACAUCAAUAAAUAAAAAAGAUCAACAUCGUCAUUCACUUGAUGGUUAUGAUUUAAAUAACGUUGCAGGUGUUGUUAAAAUUGAAACAUUACCAGCUGGUGCACUAGAAGAAGAAAGUACAGCAUUUGAUGAUGGUGGAGAAGAAUUCUGUGUUGUUAUGUCAAAACGUGGACGAAAAGAACAAAAAGCAGCACAAUUAUCUAAGCAAAAUGCUAUUGAAUCAACUAUUAUACCUAAUGAACCAAUCACAAAAGCAAUAUCAAUCGACAAUAAUGACGAACAACAAACAAAUGAAAAAUCUACUAAUGAUGAUAAUCAAACAAAUUCAACUCGUGCUCGAAAUGGUAAAUCACUUCCACCACGUUUUAAUAGUAAAUCUACAACACGUCAACAUAAUACAAAAACUGAUCAUCAAAAUUCUUCAAUGUAUUAUUAUGAUCAAAAUUAUUAUUAUUAUGAUCAAAGUCAAUAUUAUGAUGAGAAUUCAUAUUAUAAUUAUGGAAAUUAUAAUCAAUCAUCUCAUCGACAACCAUCAACACGUCGUAAACAACCACGUAAUCAACAACAACCAGAAACAAAUGUAGUAGAUGAACAAUUAAUUGAAAGAAAACCUGAAACAAUUAUACCAGAAAAAAAUCAUUCAAUACCAUCAAAUGUUAUGUCAAAUAUUCAAAUGUGGGAUCCACAUACAGAUAGUACAAUAUCCAAUUCGAGUAAAUUAAUUGAAAAACCAACACAUGAUCGAAAAUUCGGAAAUGAAAUAGUUCCUUCAUCGAAUGAUGCAUCAUUACCACUUCAUCAACGAACAGCAACUACACUUACUACUCAUUCACCAGUAUCAAAGACGAAUGAAACUAUUGCACGAACAAUAAAACCACCUGGAACAGAUAAUAAAUCUGAUCGAGAUAAUAAAACUAAAUCUACUAGUUACGAAAAGAAUGAUACUAUAUCAUCAUUAGGUUCGAAUCAAUUAUUUGAAAAGAGUACAUUUUUGGAUUAUGAUGAUAAACAAUCAAUUGGUACAGUUGGUGAUGAUUAUAAUCAAAAAAUCAAUUCACUUAAAACUAUUUGGGAUAUAUCAGAUCAUCCAAGUCGACAAUUAGAACAAACAAUAAAUACAAUGGUUGCAAUGCAGCAACAACAGAAACAAGAUAUUAAUGUUCAAUCUAAUAGUUCGACUAAAAAUGAUAAUUAUGUUCCAGAAACAAUUCCUACAUCAUCAACAAAUAUUUCAGGUGCGAAUACAAAUGUUUCAUCAACAGCAAAUGAUGAUGGAAAUAAUAAAAAUUCUACAUCUACUGGUAAUUUACAAUCAACUGGAUCGUCAUCAACUAUUAAUCAACCAUCAACAUAUUCAACUACAACUGGUUCGAAUAAAAAUGAACAAAAAAAUAUUUGCACUGUAAAACCAACUCAACAAGUAGCACCAAAUAUUCAAGAUCAAGUGGAUGUGAGUGCUUAUCAAACUUUUCCAGCUCCUCCUUUACAACCACCAAUGUCACAAGCAUCAUUACAACAACAACAGCAACAACAUAUGCUUCCACAAUCACAAGUUAAUCCAUUACAUCAACAACCUUCAUAUCAAUUCUAUGAAAGUAUUUUGCCACCACCUCCUCCACAACAACAACCACCACCACAGCAACAACAGCAAUUUAAUCGAUAUCCACCACAAAACUUUCCGUAUCGAAAUACAAAUGUUUAUAUGCAAGCACCACCAAAUGUACCAAAUACAAAUUCAAUGUAUCAUCAUACACAACAAGGUUCGAUUUCUGCUCCACCACAAAAUAAUGCUAUGCCACCUCUACCACCACCUCCAAUGUCAAGUUAUCCAUCUCCGUUUCUAGUUGAUCAUGGUGGUCAUAUGAUAAGUCAACCACAACCACCACCACCACAAGGAUAUAUGAAUAAUCAAAUGAUGUCUGGUCGACCACAAGGUGGUCCAUUCUAUCGAACUCCACCACAACAACAAUUACAAACACCACCUGGAGCACCUUAUGGUACUCAAGAUCCACUAGCACAUGGCGGAUAUUAUCCACCAUUCUUUCAACCACCAAAUUCAAAUCCUCCACCUACUGGACAUCCAUCAGGCCAUAAUUUAUAUGGACAAAAUGAAGGGUUUCAUCCACCUCAUCCACCCAUGUUUACUCGUGGUGGUUCAAUAGAUCGUGGUGAUCAUCCUCUAAUGUCUCAACCAUUAUCUCGUCCUACAAACUAUUCUUCCACAUCAUCAAAUCAACAACAACAAGGUCCACCACCAUCUUUAUUAUCUCAAAAUUUCAAAUCAUAUCCUACAAAUCAACAACAAUCAUCAUCAUCAAAUCAAGCACAAUUCUAUCCACCACCGCCUAAUCAAUAUACUCGGCAACCUGUGCCUAUAGGUGCUAUGAAUACAACAAAUAAUCGUCCACAAAAUCAACCAGUACCGAGUUUAAUGAGUGGUUUAAGUAAAAACUUUUCAAAUAAUGGUAAUAAUCUUAAUAACACACAAUCAUUAUUUCAACAUCGACAACCAUUACUACCUCCACAAUCGAACAAUAAUCGUCCUUUGUAUCAACAACAACAACAACAACAUCAUACACAAUAUUCGACAUAUUCAAAAUCAAAUGGUCCGAAUGAUGAUAAUGUUAAACCAAAACAUAUCUAG